AUGAAGUUCUUCACCGUCAUCGUCUCUGCUCUGUCCACCCUCGCUGCCGCCGCCCCGGCCGUCACCUCGACCACAACGACCGACGUCGCCAAGCGGUCGACCGGUGAGGUCGUCGAUAAGCGCGCCAUCACCUUCGACCUCGGUCUGGUCAACAACUUCAGCGGCUUCCAGCAGGUCAAUCUCAACUACCUGCUCAACAUCAACGCGCUGCAGCUGAACCUGCUGCGCAGCUUCGCUGAGAUCAACAACUUCAACGUGCUGCAGUUCCAGGGCCUCUUCCAGCACCAGGUCUUCGACCUCAACAGCCUGCUGCAGCUCCAGGCCCUGCACACCUUCUUGCAGAUCGGCCAGCUCGGCGUUCUCAACGGCUUCGACCUCGCCGGCCUGCAGCUGCACUUCCUCAACCUCGGCCUGCUCAACAACAUUGGCGUCAUCGACCUUAGCCAGUUCAUCAUCCCCUCCGUCGUCGGCCAGGUCACCUCUGUCGCCAGGCAAAAUCUGCUCAUUCCGACGGCGACCUCCGCUCCUAGCAGCAGCACCACUUCGAGUGCCGUUGUCGUUGUCGAUCAGCCUACGGCCACCUCAAAUGUCGUCACUGCUGAGGAGCAGGAGGCCCAGGAGGGGGGCAGUUCGCUGAACUGA